GUAUUCUUGGCGUCAGCUCCUCGUUUCUUUAUCAGCAUUUAUCAGCAACGACAACAACAUUCACGAACGGUAGAAUUGCAGGAGAGAUGGAUUACUCCUUCUAUUCUACUCCCAACCCGCAGCAGCCUUAUCCACUGUACAACCUGCACGGACUGCCCACUCCAAACCAGGUUCCUCGUGCUGAAGAUGCCCAAGGCGCUUUUCCUCAUCUUGGACAACAUAUUUAUCAGUCCUACGAUCCGAGUCUACGCCUUACGGAUGCUCAUGGCAUUGCUUCUUUUGUCGCUCCCCCGCACUCGCCGCCUGAAUCAUUGACCAAGCAAUCCGUGUCAAGCAACGAUGUUGCCCACCCACACUUUGAUCGGGCUUCUCUUGAAGCCGACGAACCACCGGCCGACUUCAAUCCCGGUCGCAGCAGCAGCGAAGAAAAGGAUACCAUGACUCCAGCACAAUCUAAGCGGAAGGCACAAAAUAGAGCUGCUCAACGAGCAUUCCGCGAACGCAAAGAGCGGCAUGUGCGCGAGCUGGAGGAGAAAGUCAACAAUCUCGAGCAGGAAUCGAACACCCUGAUGGCGGACAAUGAGCGACUGAAGCGCGAGCUAGCCCGGUUUACCACGGAAAAUGAGAUUCUCAAAGCGACCUCGGGCUCGUUCCGGUCUUCGAGCCAGCAGCACUCUAUGAACUCGGAACCGACGACGACCGGACCACUGCAAUAUUCGCCAACCGAUUUCAACCCGAACCCGAAAUCCGCGAGCGGCGAGCUUCCGCCACGUCACAGAGUGACAACUUGUCAGGUAACAGGUGAGCGGUUGCUUGACGCCGGCGCUACCUGGGAGUAUAUCCAGUCACAUGAGCUCUUCAAGCGUGGAUCGCUGAAUAUCGCGGACGUCUAUCAGCGGCUCAAGGGCGCAGCUCAGUGUGAUGGAACAGGUCCAGCCUUCCGAGAGAGCGAGGUACGCAAGGCCAUUGAAGAGAGUUCAGCGGCCUGCAGUGACGAGUUGAUAUGAUAUCCCUGUGGCUUUAUUUCCCAGUUCCUUUUUAGCGUAGAUCUGUGUGUGUGUGUGUGUGUGUGUGUGUGUGUGUUUUCUAUUUUUUUUUUUUUUUGAAUCGCCCUUUUCACUUUUGGCCUCUACGUCCAUCAACGACUGACUUUGGGCAUUUAUGAUGAUAUAUGGCGUUUGCUUUGGGUAUAUGAUGGGAUGUUCGAGUGGAAAUAUCACUGAAAUGCUCACUUUUAUGAGCAUUGAUACGUCAAUCCGCGGAUUGUCAUGCCAGAGACGUACCGACCUCACUUAGCCGAUUUUCCUCGGCGCUAGGGGUAUGUUGGGAGUAUUGCAAUGAUACCGCUUAUUUUCAUUUCCGGAGGAUAUCGGCAUAUUGAGAUUCAAGCUAUUUUAGAGCUACUAGGAACAUAUGCCACCU